AUGGAUAAUAUUAUCUUCUGCAACGUUCGUCGAAAACAUGCUUCUUCAAACACGGUAUACUAUGCAUUAUAUGGGUAUUAUUUUCUCGGAAUGUCCUGGAAGGAGUUGACAAGGGUGUAUAGAAAAGCUCAUUCAACCAUUUGCGAAUGGAUUUCGAAAUAUGAAAAGAACGGAUUCUUCUCGCGGAAGCAGCGUGCUCAAGUGUAUUAAAAGUUUGGAACUGAAAUGCGACAGUGGAUCGUUGAAUUGUACCGGACGGACCCCGUACUUUUCCUCGACGAAGCCCAGCAUAAAUUUCAGCUUCAUUUCCAUCAGACGAUCAGUGUAUCGUCUAUUUGUAUAAUUUUACAUGAAGCGGGCUUGUCAUGGAAAACCAUAGAACGUAGGGUGAUACAGAUUCGAGACGACGAAAUAAUUCGUUUUGUUAGAGAAUUAUUGGCAAUACCAUGGGAUGUUUUUAACCUCAUCUUUCUCGAUGAAAUUUCCGUCGAUAGCCGAGAUGUUUUGAGAAAGAAAGGUUGAGUCAUCGGGAAAAAGGUUAUUUUCCGUGGUGAAUUUUGUCGACAGCCUCGGGUUUAAUUCCUUUGCCUCCUUGGGUUAAACGGUAUUAUUGAAAGUUUCUGGACCGAUGGAACGUUUAACAGGGCGAAAUUUUUUGACUGCUGAGAAAAAUUUGCUCUUAAUAAUCCAAAAGUGCAAAUGUAUCCUGGUUUCCAUUCAGUGUGGAUACUGGAUGGAGCCAGAAUACAUUGCGACCCUAACAUAAUUCGUUAUCUCCGAUCCCUCGGAAUCAUCCCCAUUUCUCCCCCCUAUUGUCCCUUCUUUAAUCCAAUUGAAAUUAUUUUUUGGUUGGUGAAGAAGUUUUUAUCAAGAAUUCAUAGAAAAUCCGCUUCUAUCCUGAGCAAAGUAGUCACAGCAAUCAACCAUUUUAGACAUUUCCCGGCAAAAGGGAUCUUCGAACAUUGUGGUUACUUUGCGGGGGGAACUAUUCUUCCGGAAAAAGGUCAAGACCCAAAAACUUUGGACUUCGAUACUGUUCCGGCAUUAUGUACAAAUUUGAUUAUACAAAUUACUCAUUAUUGUAUAAAGUUUGCUCUCUUUCACAUUUGA